AUGCAGCACUCACGCAUGUACAAUCCUGGUGGGGGGAAGCGUGACGGCGAUAAUAGGGCGCGAAAUGUGUCUAUGUCCGCUAACCAAGCCAGUUUGAUUGUUGGUGGUGGAAGCAGUUCACACUCUUCCAUGAGGUCGACUUCGUCCAUUGGUAACACCUUGACAAUUGGUCGUAGAGAUCCUUCAAGGCCCCACAAUGUCAGUAGUAAUGGUAAAGUCAUCCGACAUAACCUUAUAACCAGUUUUGGGAAUAGCGUAGGAGGGACCGGUAGUUCCUCGGCAAGUCUUUCUACAAUUCCAGGAUCAUCAGAUAUCAUUCAAGAUCAGUACACAACACCUUCAAAUCGUUUGACUGAACCUGUUCCAAUUACAGUAUGGUUCCAUGAGGUGAGAACAUCGCUGGAAGAUGUUGUUUUAGAUGCUGCGACAGUUCCAGGGGUGCGAGAAGGUGAUAUAUGUGAGUUGACUUCUUCUUUUCAUGAACAGAAAAAGAGAUUUGUAUUUAAAGUAUCCAGUGGAAAUCUGUCGAAUGUAUCGCCAGGAAGUGCAACACAGAAUAAUAUGGGAAAUUCAGUUCCCACCCCAAUCCCUACAUCUUCUAAUCCUGUUGCACCUUUAUCAAUGAAUAUCAAUAAUAAUAAUAAUAAUAAUGCCACUACGCCAAAGGGAAAUUAUCAGAUUUCCCUUUUAUCUAACCCAUUACAAAAAUUAAUGGACUUGCCUCCUCGAAGUCAAGCAGUCUUAAGAGUUGUUCCACUACAGUCCGUCGAGGCAGAUACGGUAGAGAUAUUUAUCAAGGAUAUAUCGCUUUCAAGAGAUUCAAUGUGGUCAUUCUCCCUGACUUUAGUGGGCACUUGUGUAUAUGCUCAGAAAAGACUCACUUAUUUAAAUGGAAGAUGUGGUACUGUGAAAAACAUAUAUAAGGAUGGGAAGAGUAUAUUUUCCGGAUAUAUCGGUCAAUCUACAAUAGUGAACUUCCGUUCAGAAUCUUCUAGGCUUGUCUUUCUUGUGCAUUUGGCAAGAGAAAUGUGGCAUUUUGAAGAAAAUGGUGAGAUCAUGUUCCAUAAAUUAGUCAAUACUCUAUUUCCGAAGAUUUUCCAGAAAUGGAGAGACAAUGGAGCACAUCAUUCCAUAACGAUAGUCUUAUUUACGAGUGUGGAUUUAACAACCGUUCCCUGGACUAGUCUUGGACAAGGAGAAAAACCAAGCAAUCGAAGAGAUUUCUUUAGAGUGGCAGUAGAUCAGAUUGAUAUUUUCCAUUGGGAUCGAAUUAUGGCAAAUUUAAGAUUAGAAUUUGCUAAUUUUAAAAGAGAUAUAAUGCUUCACCAAGAAAAAAAUAGUGAAGGCUAUAUAAUCCAAGGAGAAUCAUUACCGUCUGUCAAGGGUAAUAUCUUGGAAGCGGUUAAUUUGGCUAUCACCUUAGUUUGUGAUAGGUUCCGCAAUGCUGACUUGAAACAUUCACUUAAUCAUUUCGUUCUUGUAACUCUGGGUACCGGAUUAUUUGAUGUCGAUUAUAAUCUAAUGGUGGAGACUAGUCGUAAAAUGACUAGUAUAGAUGUGGCAUUGGAUAUUGUAUGUCUAAGCCAACCACCACUUCAUAUUGUUCCACUUUUCCGAUAUAAAGAUCCAACUAACGGAGGGAAAAUUGCUCAUUGUGUGCCCAAUUGGUGUGAUAUUUCAUUUUUCAAAGACCUGGGAUUUAAAUCAAGUCAAUGGAUUCCUCGAUGUAAGAUUUAUGAGUUACAAAUGAUGGGAGUUAUGGAAAAUGAAAUAAACGAGUUGGAGAUUGAAAGAUUAUAUUUGAAAAAUGCCAAAAGUGCCUUGGAGGCGAUGGAAAUGUAUGAUGAGGAAGUUUUCCAACCGGUUGAUAUUAAAAGUAGUAGGGUAGGGCUGAUUGGACAACUUCAAAAAAGAGACGGAGGGAAGGAAGUUAAGGAAUUACCAUCCACUCCUAAUGAAGCAACAACUCCAAAUAAUAUGUCCCUCUCACUUAUGUGGAAUAGUAAAAAACCUUUAAGUUCUGCUAAGGUUGUUGAUGUUUUGACCACUAAUUCAUUAGCUCUAGGAACCACUAAUACUGGUAGUGAUGUUUCAGCCUUAACUACCUUGUAUACAUUGAACAAAAACUCUGAUGUGACAAACAAUGGUAACAGUAACCUUAAUCUUCUUGCUCCUCGUGCUAUUCGAUCUGAAAGUUCUACUCCAAAUUCUAGUAGAAGCCAUACACCAAUCCCAAUAAAAAGUUCCAGAAUGUUUACACAACCACGUAUGAUUGGAGAAUUGGAACUUAGUAGAAGUCCUAAGAGAGAUAUGAGAGAUAUUCAGAGGGAAAUGCUCGAUAAAAGAGACGUUCCAAGAGAUAAUGACAAAAACAGUCGUGACGUUCCCCUUGAUAGAUCUAGUAAUCUGGGAAGUAUGUCAGGUAGACACUUAUCUAACACCGACGAUAGGCCAAAACUCUCGCAUACAAAUUCACUCUGGACAAAUGUACCCAAUCCUUCAAAGGAAAUGCAUACAGAUGUUUUGGAAUUCCUUAGACUAUCUCGUUGGAAUGGAGUUUUUCCACCAAAAAUAAAACGUAAACAAGUAAAAUGGAGAUCAUUCCAAUCUCCUGCAGCUCUACCAUUAGUUACCAAGAACUUUCCAAGUGUGAGAGAAUUAGAACUGGAAUAUACAUUCCAACUUUACGAUGUCUUAUUGAGUCCAGAUAAUGAUCUUCAUUUGGCAUCAACGAAGGAUUUAAUGAGAGAAAUGAUUCAAUUAAGACUACUUUUAGGAUUUCAAAUUUGCUUUGGAGAUGAAGUGAAACGAGUAGAAGCUAGUUGGCAGAGUGGUGGUAGUCCAGAGAACUUGAUUAAAUACUUCCCGCAAACUGGUGACUGUUUAGGGGCUAUAGUCUAUAUGUCUUUAGAUGAUGAGAUUCAUAGAAUUAUGUGUGAUUAUAAUGGAAACUUGAGUGUUCAAUUAUACAGACAUAAUAAGGCAAUGAAGGAAGUUCCAACUGCUCUUGGGGCACGGAACUAUAAACUAAAUCCUUAUCUACCAUUAAUUCGUACUCGUUACGCCGAUGAAUACUCUCCAGCUAAAAUCGAUGCAAUUAAUACAAAGCCAAAGAAAUACAAUUGGAAUCAAUUUGACCAAUUAUUGGCAGGACUUGACGAUAUCAUGCCAGAUGAUCAAAAAGAUUUUCAUAAGAUGAAGUUUGUUGUAAUGCCCAUAGCGACCCCAAAGAAUGCAUUCUAUAUCUCGAAUGAGCGGUUAUCCGAUGAGGAAAUCAGAGUGGAGGGUAUUAGAAAGUUGAUUGCAAUGAUUGAAAGAGGGAAGUGUGGACUGGUUGGUCUGGUACCACUGCUGGCGGGAUCAAGAAAAAAAGAAGUAAUAUUACCAGAAAUUAGUUUCUACACUGGUAAUUUAUACGAGUUUCUUUGCGAGCUGGAAAACUUUGACAAAUCUAAGGAAGGUUUGCUCAGUGAUCGGGAACAGUUUAACAAAAGUAUUAAAUUAGUUCAUUUGGCUCAAGAAUUACAAAGUUCUAAUGGGUUGACUCUAGCUGAUAGAACUUGGCAUUUCAAGACGCAUCAUCAUUGUUUCUUGGGAAAUGAGCUUGUAUCAUGGUUGAUAGAAAAUUUUGAAGACAUAGACAGUAGGGAAGAUGCAGCUGCUUUUGGGCAGCAAUUGAUGGAUAAUGGAUUGUUCAAGCACGUGGAAAGUAGACAUGGGUUAUUGGAUGGAUAUUAUUUCUAUGAGUUUUCAAGUGAAUAUAUUGACAAGACAUCAAACCAACUGCAGCAACAACAACUGCAACUGCUCAACGGAUGGUUCAAAAGGAACAAGAGUGUUACUCAAGAAUCGACAACGCCAACUACAUCUGAUUCCGAGUCAUUGGCAACCAGUCAAGAUGCAGCAACAGUAAACAAAGCAUCGUCAACGACGCCACCAAAGAAAAAGAAAUUUUUUCUCAGUAAUCAAGUUAGUUAUAAUGUUGAUCCACUCAAAAAGUCUUUCAAGCCUGAGAUUAUCACAGUUCAUUACGAUAAGGUACAUAACCCAGACCAUUGUUAUCAUAUCCGAUUCCAGUGGCUCAACACAACUGCAAAAUUCAUAGACGAGACAAUCACAAGUUGGGCACGUUUCUGUGAACGACAUGGUUUGAAAUUAGUUGAAACUCCUUGGAAUGAACUUUGUGAGAUUCCAAGAACAAACCCUUUCCACUCAUUUGUGGAUUUGAAACUAGUAUUAAAUCCUUGGACUGAUCCAGAAUUCAAGGACUCGCCAAAGCUUGUGGACAAUAAAUUCUACUUCCAUUUGUAUCUUUUACGAAAGUCUGGGUUCUUUUUAGAUAAUCGGUCAGCAAACUUUUUCCUGAAAGAUGAUAUUGAAAUUUCAUACAGUUGGGGUAAGCCUAUUUUCAAAUAUGCACAAUAUAUACAUCGCACAGGUAUGUAUAUCGUUGAGUUAAGGGAUAGUGGGAACAUGUUUUUAGCCCCAAAUAACGUUCAUUUGGUAAGGCUGCUGAUAUCUCUCGCCAUGAUGCUGGACCACGACAAGACUCAAUUACAGACGCUGGGUUCGCAACAGGUUAUGCUUAAUUUCAGAUCAAUUUGCACAAGUGAAAAACGCUUGAGAGAAAUUUUUGUAGAAGCAAAACAUGCUUCCGAGAGAGGAUGA